AUGACCACCGACCCCCCCAACUACACCAUCUUCGACGCAAUCCUCGACUGGGGCUCCACAAACGCACAACAAAUCAGCGAAGCGCACCUCUCCAAAGGCGGCUGGGAAGGCUGGGCGCAAGAAGAGAUGCGACUUCUCUUCAACGCCGGCCGGGAGGGCAAUUGCUACCAGAACAACGCGCGCCAAGCGGCCGACAUCGUCCUGACGCCGUACACAUCCGGCGCGGAAGCCUUCGCCCAACCAUACGUCGACGAGGAAUGCGUGGUGAUUGAGCUGAAAUGCGAGAGCUAUUGGAACGCACAGAAGUUCCGCGGCGAGGUCAAGAAGGAUAUCCAGAAGGUUAAUAGUGGGGUUUUUAAAGACCGGUUGUUGCGGGGCGAUUGUAAUGUGUAUUGUGUUGCGUUGGCGAUGACUGAUGAAGGGGCAUAUUAUAUGGAGAGUUUGGGGUUGGAGUUGUUUAGGGAUCUGUGGUUGCGCCGUUUCAAGUUUGGUGACGAAUAUCUGCUCCAUAUCUAG